GUCCAUCACCAUAAAGGACCUCAGGGAGUUGGUGAUGUCAGAGUCUAGAGGCAUGGUUAGGGUAAUUAAGAGACUCAGGCUCAUUUAAAGAGGGGCCAGCCCAAGUUAACGGUCUCAAGAGCUUGGCUGGAUUUCUGGGAUAUUCACACAGGGAAAACUUGCUGUGAAGAAGGGGGACAAAAAAAGGAAAUAGAGAAAAAAAGAUGAAAAACCCAACUUGUACGAUGAGAAAUGCCGUGGUGGUCCUGGUGCUAACUUUAUCAGCGUUGACAUUUGCCGAGGCUAAGACUCGUUUCUCACGCUACCGAUCAUGGAACUCACGGAUGUAUCCAGUGUGGAGAGAUGGAGAUGCCAGAUACAGAAACUGCUGGAAAGGUGGAGAGGUGACAUUUAAUGUCAGAAACGAUGCACCAACAUUGACUGGCGCCAAAGCCACCUUCAACGUUGAUGUGCAGUUCCCCCCAAAUCAAACCUUGCUCUCUGAUGGACAAGUGGUGUGGACCAGAAACUGCACCCUUGAUGGAAUUCAGUACCAGGAGGGACAGCCAGUGUAUACGGAGCGUAACACUCAAGACGAGUGGACCGGCACCUUCCCUGAUGGCUCUCCCUUCAGAGGAAACGCUGGAAGAAAACCACGCUACAUCUACGUGUGGAAGACAUGGGGACGUUUCUGGCAAGUGGCGGAUGGCCCCUCCUCCUCUCUGUCCAUCGGCACAGAUAAUGUUCCUCUGGGCUCCUACAACAUGGAGGUGGUGAUCUAUCACUGCCGUGGCAAAGACAGGUUCAUCCCCCUGGGUUACGCCUCCACCCAGUUUUCCAUCACAGACCAGAUUCCUUUCAGAGUGUCCCUCACCCAGGUCAAUGACCUCAACCAGGCUGACCAAAGUUUUGUUCAAAACCGUGCUGUUGCCUUCAACAUCAACCUCCACGACCCCAGCCAGUACCUGAGCAGCUCAGACGUCACCUUCACCUGGGACUUCGGAGACAACAGCGGGACCCUCAUCUCCCGGGAAAGCACCGUCACGCACACAUACCUCUCUGCCGGGUCCUUCAAGCCUCAGGUGGUCCUGAUGGCCUCCAUCCCCAACACCUGUGAACCCAACCCAACCCUCGGAGGGUUCACAGUCGAGCCCACUCUCCCACCAGUGGAUCCUGACACCACAGGAGGCACCAUUGAGGACGCUUCCCUCGCUCCAGUAGAGGUGGCCUCUGCAGGGGCAGGAGACAUCGCCCUGGCAGUGCCAGCCUCUGCAGCUGCUCCAGUUGCUGAGGGAGCAGAGGCAGACACUGAUGCCACUGUUGAUGCUGCUGCAGCUGAUGCCGCCACUGUUGAUGCUGCUGCUGCAGCUGAUGCCGCCACCGUUGAUGCUGCUGCGGUUGAUACCGCUGCCGUUGAUGCUGCUGCAGCUGAUGCCGCCACGGUUGAUGCUGCUGCUGCAGCCGAUGCCGCCACCGCUGAUGCUGCUGCUGCGGUUGAUGCCGCUGCCGUUGAUGCUGCUGCAGCUGAUGCCACCACUGUUGAUGCUGCUGCUGCAGCUGAUGCCGCCACUGUUGAUGCUGCUGCUGCAGCUGAUGCCGCCACUGUUGAUGCUGCCGCUGCAGCUGAAGCCGCCACUGUUGAUGCUGCUGCUGCAGCUGAUGCCGCCACUGUUGAUGCUGCUACAGCUGCAGCUGAUGUUGCCACAGCAGAUGCUGCUGCAGUGGAUGCUGCUGCUGCUGACGCUGCUGAUGCUGUUGCCGCUGCUGAUGCUACCACUGUAGUUGCUGCAGACCCAGCUGUUCCAGUGGAGGAGGCCACGGUUGUUCCAGUGGCAGAAACAGCAAUCGACGCCGAAACAGUUGCUGCUGCUGGAGAGGAAGCUACAGUAGAGUUGGCGGCCACUGUUCUCCCAGAAGCCCCUGCUGCAGAGGAUGCUGCUGUUGUUGAUGCCGCAGCGGUCACAGAGGCUGCCCAGGCUGAGGCAGAAGGAGCUGCUGCGGAUGUUGUGGUAGCUGCUGUCCCCACGGUUGCUGUGGUGCCUGUAGCUGAUGAGGACGAGAUAAUAGUGGCCGUGAAUGAGGUUGCAGCCACAGAGGCUGCUGUGAUCGUUGCAGCCUCACCUGAUGAAAAUGAAGUGGUGGUGAAUGUUGUGACUGCAGCUCCAGUGCCACCCACAGUGGCAGCAGCAGCAGUGAAUGAAAUCGCCGCUCAGGUGGAGGUGGAGGCCGGCACGGAGGCUGCCCAGGUGGCUCUGGUGAUUGCCAAGAGGCAGGCUCCUGAGAUCCCGGCUGACAACGGGUGCACUAUUUUCCGCUAUGGCUCCUUCUCAACCGACCUACAGAUUGUCCAGGGGAUUGAGAAUGUGGAGAUUGUGGAGGUGAAUAACGUGGUGACGCUGACUACAGAGGUGAACCAGAAUGCUGUCGAUCUUACCAUCACCUGCCAGGGCAGCCUGCCCAGUGAGGUGUGCACAGUGAUUUCAGACGAAGACUGCGCCACACCGGUCCAGACGGUGUGCACCGCUGUGGCACCCACUCCUGAGUGCCAGAUGAUCCUCAGGCAGUUCUUCAACGAGACCGGCAUCUUCUGCGUCAACGUGUCCCUCACCAACGAUGUCAGCCUGGCCGUCGCCAGUGCCAGGGUCAGCGUGACAGUAGGAUCAGAAUCAUCAGCAGGUGGCGCUGUUGGAGCAGUGAUAGGCAUUCUGGUGCUUGCCUGUACAGUUGGGGCCAUGGCCUUGGCCUAUCGGCGCUUUAAGCAGUACAGGCCGCUGACGGAGGACUCCUCAGACAGCCCCCUGGGCACCUCAGGAAGGACCUCAGUGCCCUUGCUUCUCUGGAACCUUCUCAGUCGGCAGUCAGCGGGAGAGAGCCGCCCUCUGCUCCAGGGACGACUGGUGUAAACGUCUAUUUGUGUGUGUUUGUGAGGACUUGGAUACACACACGCUCUCUCUUUCUCUCUCACACACACAUAGACAUACACACACAACCCACAGCUGUGUUCGUCCCUGUUGAUGCACUGCUGAUAAUAAAAUAAACAUGUGGAAUAAAACGUAUACAUUUUGUAAACAUGAGAGGAGAAAAGAGGUCAUUGCAGGGUUUUUUUUUUACCUAGCAUUGCGCACGCAAGUGUAUAUAUAUACAUAUAUACCAUAUUAUUUCAACCCAUAAUAUAUACCUAUAUUUCAUCUGAUAGUUUCAUGAACGGGUUCAAAAAUGUGCAGUUUUUAUGUGUCCCAUUAUUUCCUCUUCACUUAAUUUUGUCUCAACAAACUAAAACCCUCUGAAUCUAACAUGGCAUCACCGUGGCCUUGCUAAAACUAAACGAUCUGCUCUGCUUCUGUUACUUAUAACAGCCUGUUUGAUAACCUAGUUUCUUAUAGCAAAGCUUGAGUGGACAACGGUUUUAUACACACAGCUUUUACACCUGAAACAAAUCUGUAUUGUUUUUGUAUUUGUUUGUGUCCUUAACUGUAUUAUAACAGGCCAUGACUAACUGUUUCUUGGUUGAUUGUUUUGCUAUUGAACUGGAAAAGAAACGUCAACACAAUUUUCAACACAAUCGUGUUUUAAUUCAAAACUAUUGCUAACUGAUGUUAAAUAUCACAUCACGACACAUAUGAAUUUCAGUUGCUAAUCAACUAACAAAGAAGAGACACACUUUUAAGCACUUGUAGAACAUUAGCACUGGAUUGUAACCUUUUCUCGUAAAAAAAUAUAAAUUAAUUCUGUAUUGGGUAGAUGAAAUCUAUCAGUAUCUGUGCAUAAUCUUACACUGAGGGGCAAGGUUGCCAGUAUACAGGAGUUGGACCAUCACGCUGCACAUCUUUAUGUUUAGGUGAUAUUUCCCUUGUUCUCUAAUGACUUCACCAACUCAAAUGUGACUUCUGAAAAAAUGAUAUUGUGUAUCUUUGAAGUUUUUUGUUGGGUGUAUACCUUGACUGAGGUAGAAAGGCCUAUCAUUCUUACACUGACAACCUCAGGAAAGCACAUUUGAGUGCAGGUUAGAUAUUUAGAAAAUUUCAUUUUUUCCCCCAAAUUCAGGGGUCAUUUCCUUUUGUUGUAACUCACAGGGUCUUUUGAAAUGUAUGUACAGAAAUAUUAAACUGUAACAUAUUUUUCAUCACUCCCAA